UCUGUCGGAUCCUCCGUGUUUUGGACCCUGGUCGGUGGUGAAAACACAAUGUGACGUGGCUAAAACUGUCUUAGACAAAACGAGUGAGAAAACCUCGCACAUUGAACUGUUUACAAGGCGUUUAAGAAACAGAAGUGCAAACCGAAAUAAAGAAGAUAAACCUGUCUGGUUGUGGUUGGUUUUGGGAAGGAAGCUGUCAGCAGACUGAGGUGACGUGAACUGCUAAGUUAGCAUCAAGACGUUGACAGGAGGAAAAAGGAAUGUGCUGAGGCAUCGAGAUGUCAAACAGUGAAGCAACAGCGGCAGAGGGUCCAGAGGUGGCACCAGAGAUUCAGGAUGCCUCUCCUGCCGAAACGCCCGACAGCUCCCCGCAGACCGCACCUGACAUCACGACUGAUGUGGCCCCGACAAGGAAAGCCAGGAGGAGACCAGAAGCCAAACCUGCAGCCGAAGAGGCGGAGAUGCUGAAAGUAGAGGAGCAGCCGGCAAAGACAUCCAGUGAGUCCACUGUGUCUCAGGGUGGUUGGGGAUACUGGGGCAGCUGGGGCAAAUCCAUCUUAUCCACAGCAACAGCUACUGUGUCUACUGUGGGCCAAGGGCUCACUCAGGUAAUAGAGAAGGCAGAGACAUCUUUGGGAAUCCCCAGUCCGACCGAACUCUCUGCACAAGUUCAGGAGGAGCAGAAAGAGCAGGCUGAUGCCAGCAGUGAGACGGACAAAGCAGCAGCUGAUGGAUCGGCAGUGGUGGGCAGUGCGAUGGGAAUGCUGUCGUCACUCACCAGCGUCGUCCAGAGCACAGGGAAAACAGUGAUAACGGGCGGUUUGGAUGCUCUGGAGUUCAUCGGGAAGAAGACGAUGGACGUGAUAGCAGAAGGCGAUCCUGGCUUUAAGAAGACCAAAGGACUGAUUAACAGGAACUCCACUCUGUCUCAGGUGUUGAGGGAAGCAAAGGAGCGGGAGGAGCUGCAGACAGCAGAGAAAGAGUGGUCAGAAUCUGGGAAGAAGGUGGUCGCCCACUAUGGGAUGCUGUUUGAUGAAUUUCAGGGUCUGUCACACCUCGAGGCACUGGAGAUGCUGGCUCGAGAUAGCGAGUCUAAGGUGAAGUCGGUGCUGACCACUCUGUCAGGAGAUGAGCUGGUUCAGCUCAGGGAAGAGCUGGAUCUCAUCAAGGACUCUUUCUCCCUGGUGGAGUUUGAUGAUGAGGAAGUGGACGAGAAGAAAGAUGAAGACGGCACAGAGUUUGAGAGGGAGUUAACGGAGGCCUUGGAGGGUCUCAGUGUCGCUGCAACAGCUGAAAAACUCAGCAAGGCCUGUAGGAGCACCUGCAGCCAAAUCACUGACAUGACCAAACCACCAGAGAAGGAGGAGAGCGAGGAGGAAAUAAAGAAAACACUCUCUGUAGAGGAGAUUCAUGCUGCAGCCAUCAGAAGUCUUGCAGAGCUAACGGCUCGAUCCAUCGAGCUUUUCCACAAACUGGCUGAGAUGAUCCUCUUCUCCAACGGCAGAACAGAGGCCAGCGUUCUGUCACAGUUAACUGUUGUCCUGUGUAAAGAAAUCUCAUUGCUUUCCAAGAAGUUCACCUGCUGCUUAACAACCGCAGGGUCAAAUGAGAAGGGAGACGUCCUCAACCCUCUGAUAACAGGAGUCUUUUUAGAGGCGUCCAACAGCGCGUCUUACAUCCAGGAUGCUUUCCAGCUGCUCAUGCCCAUACUGGAGAUCUCCCACAUUCAGAGGAGAGAGUCCACAGAGCAGUGACCAGCUGAUGACACAUCUUUAAAACUGUUUUAGAAAAUUCACCUGUGUCAGCUCUUACCAUGUCUGGUAUUUCAUCUCAGGACACAAUCAAUUUACAGCUGCGAGGGAAAAGCCUGUUUUUGUCCAACAGUGUUAACUUUUUUGCAUUUGUGAAAUGUGAAGCACAGUAGAUGGACUCACUGAAGUACAGCGUGGCGAAGGUCUGGCUCUACCAGAUAAGGACAACAAAUGUGUUUGUGAUAAACAUCCUCCUUAUAGUUCAACAUGUACACUACUUUUCUUUUUUUCUGACAGCACUUUCUGUGCUCUUAACUUAAAAAUGUCAAUUCUGCCUCGGAGAUCACUUAAUAAAAAGACAUACAGGAUGGAAA